CCGUAACACAUUAUCUGUCGGAAGAUGACUACGAAGUAAUGCGCAUGUUUUGUGCACAUGGAGGCGCUGGUGGAUGGAAGCAGACGGAAAUCAGGAAUCAUCAGUGGAUUAGUGGAUGUUUCUUUCAAAACUUCUCUGUAACAAGUAACAGCUAAACAGCAUGCAGCUACAGUAUAUGUAACCUGUAGCAGCCAGUUAACAGCGUUAUUCGAGACUGUUCGAGACUAUUGCAGACUAUUCGAAUGUACAUUAUAUACAGGUUACAUUUUCAAGAAGAAAGAUACAACUUGUAUUCGUAUCAAUCACGUGUCUUGAUUAAAUACAAGUUAAAUGAUGGCAAAUAACAACAAGAGUACCUUUAUUACCGUACCUGGCUUCUGUCCGGAUUGUGGUUCAAUUUUACCUUUGCUUGGGGAGAAAGGAGGAGUUACAUGUUACACAUGCAAAAGAGAAUGGGGUGCUGAAGUUUUUGGCAAUAUGGAAAUGAUACAUACGAUCCAUUUUAAUACUAAGGAUAGUUAUGUGUCUGUCAAAGAAGAAGUUGAUAGUGAAGAUGACGCAGAUGGACCAACAGUGGAGCGAGAAUGUCCUCAGUGUCAUAAUGAUAAAAUGUCCUAUGCAACAUUACAAUUGAGGUCUGCUGAUGAAGGACAAACUGUAUUUUUCACAUGUACCAAGUGCAAAUUCAAGGUAACAGAGAAUUCUUAAUAUGGAUUUAGUAUAAAACUAUAUUUUAUUUUAUAAGAAAUACUGUAUAGAAC